ACUCAGCUUUAUAUCUUGCGUUCGUAUCCUAAGUUCCUGGCCCUCGCGUGCAAAGUUUCUUAUGACUAAUCAUGAUUCUUAUCUCAUACGUUGUUCUUAUCUCGGUAAUAUAUUCAAAAUGUCAUGCUGCUGAUAAUGUGACAUCCAUUUUGUCCAAAGAUGAGCCGGUUUUCUUCACUCGAGAGCCAGAAGGAAGAACAAUUGGUGAAGGAGAGGAGCUCCGGCUGUACUGUAAACUAGACCACGAACCUGCCGGAUUAAAGUACAGCUGGUACAAAUACAAUGAAACUUCUGCUGAGGAUUUCAAGGAUAUUCUUUUACAGGUUUACGGACAAAACUAUGACAGAAUAAAUCUGGUAGAGGGGUACACUGGCGAUGAGCUUGUUUUCUCCAGUAUAGCUAGAGAAGAUAUAGGUUACUACCAAUGUAUCAUUCAGACUGGUUCCUACACAGUAUUUAGCGGGAUCGCCCACAUUAAAGUGAACUAUUUCGAUGAACCAGCUGCAUUAGUCAGUGUUGAGUCGAGAAAUGUUAAAGCGUUUGAGGAUGAGGUCUAUCUUCCAUGUGCAGUUUUCGAUAGUUCACCUGUCGUUGACGUUUACUGGACUCAGAAUGGUUCUAGGAUAUCAAAUGAACGAAUGUUCGUUUAUCCCGAAGAAUAUUAUUAUAUUGAAAAGAUCACGAGGGGAACUUUGCUAAUAUUGAAUGUGCAGCAAGGUAGAGACAGUGGGAUAUAUGAGUGCCAUACAGAGAAAACCAAGGAGUUUCCCAAGGAAAAGGUGCUCACUUCUUAUCAGAUUAAAACUGUCAAAGAAGGUUUUGAUGCCUAUACUCAAAAGUGGGUGGUUCCAGCAUUUUCUUCGUACAACGAAAUUGGCGGAAACGUAGUUGUGGAAUCAGGGGAUACUGUAACUUUGGCAUGUGCAGCAAGAGGUUACCCUAUUCCUACUUACACGUGGAAAAUUGGAAAUAGUCAAAGCGAUAAGAUUAUCAGAAAUUCAGAAUUCUUCGAACUGAAGGACCACGACAGACGCCUGGUAAUUAACAACAUUGGUGCAGCAUUGGACUUAGUUUGCAUCAUGAGGAACACUUUCAAUGGCAAAGAUCGCGAGAACCAAAGGCCAUUUUACAUCAUACUUAAAAAUAAAACUAAAAGUUCUGCUAUUGAGUUCAUUAAUGAUAGGACAAACCAGUCAAGUGUCACAAUUCUGAAACCUAAUCAGUAUAAACCGUUUACUAUGGGAUGUCACGUCAGUGAGGAUGAUUACCAAAUCUUGUGGCUGAAGAACGGAAAUAAGGCUGACUGGAUAUCGAGAGAAAGGGUAGAGGAGACAAGGAACAGUACAUCGGUCACGUUUACCUUUAAAUCUCCCAACGAGAGUGAUCUUGGAGUUUACCAAUGUGUGGUAGUUAGCUCGGACGGAGAAACUGUCAACGUGAAGCAGCAAACCACUUAUAUCACCCUUCAGAAGGACCUUCCGACCGUGGACUUCAGAAGCAAACAACCAAACUAUUUGUUUCUACAUGGACCUUUUCACGUUGACAAGGCAGAGGAAGCAUGCAAAGAUAUUGGUAUGCAUUUGGUCAGUAUUCUUGAUCUCGAGGAGAAUGAGGCUGUUGUGCAAAUUGUCAGGAAUAAUAAUGUGUCAAAUGUCUGGAUAGGGUUGACAAGGGAAGUCCCUGAACCAAUGGGAACAUGGCGCUGGACUCUGCCCGGAGACGCCUCCUUUACUUUCAGUAACUGGGAUCACGGGAAACCAGACAAUCAGAUUGGAUAUCAGGAGUAUGCUGUAAUGAAGAACGAAACUGGUAAAUGGGAGGACGUAAGAAGAGAUUCCUGGAAAAGACCCGCGCUCUGCAAGAACUACACUGUGGCGUGUACUUCUGUUGAUACAUUUUACCAAGGACGAGUGAGAGUGGGCGGUUGGGAACCUGCCGGGGCAACAUACUAUGUGGGGGAGAAGGUCCAGGUUUUCUGUCGAUACCCCAACAAGAAUAAGAAUUCGACAAGUUCUCAAGUUAUUACUUGCGGCCAGGACACGAACUUUGAUCAGCUUCACAUGGACGAUUGCACGGACCGGGACAGUUUCUUUCUUUCAAUAAACUCUUCAUCUGACACUGCCACUCAUAUCUACGUAAUAAUUAUAUUGAGUUUGUGUUUUUGCACUCAGUUUUUACAAUGAAAAUUAACUAAUUAAAGUUUAUCAUGUAAUAAAAUAAAGUUAGCACUAAUUAGCAGCCGAGUUAUAAUAUGGACUUGGGUAACAUAUAGUUUUGUAGUGAAAAAUUAUCGGCCUAAGAGUAAGAGUAGGGGUCAGCUGUGAUUUAGAUUUUAAUUACGCCAU